UCUCUCUCUCUCAGUCUCUCUCAGGUUGCGUGCGUUGUGUCCUAAUUCCCCCAUUUCCUGUUUUGGGUUCUUUAGGCAACACGAAUCUCUCUGUUUUAUCAUUCUCUCUUCCUCUUUUUCCCAUUUGGAGGACCAGAAGAGAAAGGAGAACCGAGAACCCAUUCUCAGAGAGAGACUGCAAACAAAAAAAUAAAAGUGCUUUUUUUUUUUUUGAAAAAGUAGAAAAGCGACAAAUAGUUGCUAUUAUAGUUCCCUCCCUCUAUAUCUUUGCUUUUUCAAGGUUUUUAUUCUUCUUGUUUCUCCUUUCCCUUGGUGGGGUUCCCCUUUGAGCUUGCUAUAAUGUUGUGUCCUCCUCGUUCUCUGGUUUAAAGCUCCCUCUGAUCUGGCUUCUGGGUUUCCUUUCCUUUUCUUAUACUGUAUCCACAACCGCUUCUUAUCAUAGGUUCAGCUACUUUUCCUAUACAUAACCUCUUCCUUUGACUAUUUCACGGAUUUGAGCAGCGUUUAGGUCCAUAAGUGGGAUUCCUCGACUUUCUAGCGCGUAGCUGACGAUUGAAACGAACAAGGUGAUUUUCCAUCUGGGUUUCUUGCUGUAGUGUGGAAAAAGAUGAAUGGUAGGUCAAGAAACGAGGAGGUGUCUCCUCAGCUGCUGGAUUUGAUCCCAACCGACCGAGAGUGGCAUGAAAACAGAGACGAAGAAAGAAGCCACCGCAAGUCUUCAGAAGAGAGGAAACUUGAGCUUAGACUUGCUCCACCCGGUGAAGAAGACGACGUGGCCAGAGGAAGAGACGAAUCUCUGCUCUCUCUUGGCUACUUCUCAGCUCCCAUUAAUGGAGGCCGCGCCCAGAAAACUGCGUCUUCUCCUUGGGCUUCUUCUGCGGGCUUCCAGGAAAAGAAGACUCAGACCAUUAAUCAACACAGGGGGGUUUCAUCAUCAUUCCUACAGUCUCAACCCUCUCCUGCAAAUACAGCUGUACCCAACAGCUCUCAGAAAAGAACUGCUCCUGGUCCAGUAGUGGGGUGGCCUCCGAUUCGUUCAUUUAGGAAGAACCUUGCAAGCAGCAGUUCUUCUAAAGUUGCCCCUCAACACGAAUCUCAGAAUCAGCAUGUGGUUGAAGAUAAGGUUGCUGGGAAGAAACCUGUGGCUGACAACAACGUUGUUGGUGGUAAAGGCCUAUUUGUGAAAAUCAAUAUGGAUGGAGUUCCCAUAGGCAGAAAAGUGGACCUUAAUGCUUACGAUAGCUAUGAAAAACUCUCCUCUGCUGUUGACGAGCUCUUUAGAGGCCUCCUUGCUGCUGUGAAAGGCGAUGCUGAGAUCAGGGUUAUGUGUUUGUCUUUUUGUGAUACUGUUCAGCUCAAAGAGAUUCUCGUGGUGGUGGUGGUGGUGGGAUUCAGAACAAGCAAGAGGAAGAGAAAGCUAUUACAGGUUUAUUGGACGGAAGUGGAGAAUACACUCUGGUUUAUGAGGAUAACGAAGGAGACAGGAUGCUUGUUGGGGAUGUGCCGUGGCACAUGUUCGUGUCAACAGUGAAGAGGCUUCGUGUUCUGAAGAGUUCUGAGCUCUCUGCUUUUACCCUUGGUGGGAAGCAAGGCAAAACUGCCUCUUGAAUGGGCACCAAAAUAGAACAAGACGUGGCUGUUUGAGGAGUUCACUGCCGAAACUUGGAAGAGUGUUUUACCAUUUUUCCCCUUUGGUGUCCGAUGAAGAUUAGAGAAUGAAUUAGUUAGUAGUAGCUUACAUUUCAACUGCGAAGUAACGUGUGUGAAUCUACUUGUUCAUGAAGAUUUGAAAAUGUUUGUGUACUGUUGAGUAACCAUUGACUUGUUUUGGUGUUUGUAACCUUUGUUUGAGUUCCAUCUGUACAUUCUGUGAAUAGGGUGGUCAAUUUUGCUUCUCGUUUUGAUAUGCUCUUGACUGGAGUUUUAUCUGAACCACCUUUCACAUGUAUUAGUUUAAAGAUUUCGACUUCAAA